AUGGCUACCUCCACCGCUCUCAUCUCCUCAACCCCAUCUAGGGCUUUCUCCUCCAAAUCCACGCCUCUCGUCGCUUCUUACUCCAUUUCCAAGCCCAUCUCCCAAACCCUAACCUUCCCCAAAUCCUUCAAUGGCCUCCGCCUGCCACGCGUCGCCCACUCGGUUUCUCUCUCCCGCGGAGCUCAUUCCAGAAGGUCCUUCCUUGUCAAAGCUUCUGUGGAUGAGCUUCCUCUGGUUGGAAACGUAGCUCCUGAUUUUGAGGCUGAGGCUGUUUUCGACCAGGAAUUCAUCAAGGUCAAGCUCUCUGAAUACAUUGGGAAGAAAUAUGUGAUUCUGUUUUUCUACCCACUAGACUUCACAUUUGUUUGCCCCACAGAAAUCACUGCUUUCAGCGAUCGUCACGCCGAGUUUGAGGAACUCAACACAGAAAUCUUGGGUGUUUCAGUUGACAGUGUGUUUUCGCACCUUGCAUGGGUCCAAACAGAUAGGAAGUCAGGAGGACUUGGUGAUUUGAACUAUCCAUUGAUCUCUGAUGUCACCAAAUCAAUUUCAAAAUCCUAUGGUGUGCUGAUCCCAGAUCAGGGAGUUGCAUUGAGAGGACUUUUCAUUAUUGACAAGGAAGGUGUCAUUCAACACUCCACCAUUAACAAUCUUGCCAUUGGCCGUAGUGUGGAUGAGACUAAGAGAACGCUCCAGGCCUUGCAGUACGUUCAGGACAAUCCUGAUGAAGUUUGCCCUGCUGGUUGGAAGCCUGGGGAGAAAUCCAUGAAGCCAGACCCCAAGCUCAGCAAAGAGUACUUCUCCGCGAUAUAG